AUGGAUGUUGAAGCAAAGGUCAAGCCACUUGAAGAGAUCGAUGUGGUUAAGGAAUUUUUGGAUGUUUUUCCGAAAGAUCUGACACGGUUACCACCAAACUGUGAGACCAAAUUCAUGAUUGAUUUGAUCCCAGGUGCUGCCCCAGUGUCCAAGGCACCCUAUAGGAUGGCACCUGCAGAGCUGAGAGAAUUGCAGGAACAACUCAUGGACUUAUUGAAGAAGGGGUUUAUCAGACCAAGUGUUUCACCUUGGGGAGCACCAUGCUUACCAUUCCUAAUGGCACUGGAGGAAUGGUUGUUUAUAGUGAUGCAUCAAAGAUGGGUUUGGGUUUGUGUAUUGAUGCAAGACGGGAAGGUGGUGGCCUACGCUUCUCGGCAAUUGAAUGAUUAUGAAAAGAACUACCCGACUCAUGAUUUGGAGCUUGCAGCUGUGGUCUUUGCUCUAAAAAUCUGGUGGCAUUAUCUCUAUGGGGAGAAGAGCGAGAUAUACAGCGACCAUAAAAGCCUCAAGUACUUCUUCACACAAAAGGAGCUUAAUAUGAGACAGCGGCGAUGGUUGGAGUUGUUGAAAGAUUAUGAUUGA